ACGCCGUCGUCUGUUCGUUUCCAUACAGUUAAUAAGCCGAAGUCUAACACAUUAGGUUUCACUUCUCCGGGUCUCCUCUCCAAACUUUGAAACGGAUGACAGCAAAUCUCACGUGUUGUUAAAUGCGGGCUGAUUUAUUCCGGUCUGCACCCUGCUCUCCUUCCCCCUUUUCCGAACAGCCGGAGUCGAAGCGGGAAGCAAUUAAACUCGCGUGGGCUUUCCGUUCAAUUAACUCGCGGGAAGGGCGAGGGAGAAAGUCUUGCACUCGUUCGACGAUUGAUUGUGACGAGGGUGUAGUUCGCCGAGGCGUUGAGAGGUUAGAGAAGUAACGAUUGAAGACGAGGGGAGGAGGGAGAGAAAGAAACACAGGACUGGUGAACCGGGAUUUCAUUUUGUUUUUAUAACCACCUUUCCGAAGUGAAAUUCGCAGCUGCGAUCUAAGGAUUGGUCUAACAAUUCAACUGGCUAACCCUCUGUUGCACCUGAAGCCAACCUCACAGCAGCGCUUGCGGGUAAACAAUUCCCAACAGAGUUGGGUUUUAAAAAAAAAAUCCUCAGUCUCAGAUGGGAAAAAGCGAAUCCGACGUAUGCAUCCCGUAGCAAAAAAUAUACACUCGCGUCUUAAAAACUCAAUUAGCGAGGGUCGGGGUGAGACUGCUUUGGUCUUGAGAUGGAUCCUCUCCCGGAGUAGGAUGUGCCGCUGAUUUUUCCCCCCUGUUCCGAGCACAGAAUCACGUGUCUUCUUGGCACUCGGACUGAGGCAGAACUUUGCCCGGUGAUCGGAGGUGAGGACACAGCGCCGAGACACACGUUCUGCCUUCUCCCUUGGAAAAGAAAACUCCGGAUCGUUGGCCCCCGGUCACCUUUCGCACCGGCCGGUUGCUGGCAGUUCCCCACUUGUCCUGGUUUCCUUGAGUUUAAAUCAAUGUGAGACGGGCAUGCAUAGAACCGGUGUGAGCAAGGGAAUUAUUUAUUUAAUAUAAUCGAAAGACAAAGAUUAUACUUAUGGGAACACACCACUCACCGAUAGUAAGGUUUCCAAAAUCCAUGCUAUUAUGACUGAUGGCGGGAGAAGAGAACCGGUUCAACCUCUGGGUAAUGAGGAUAUUCGGGACCCGGCUGACGCCCGAGUUGGCGAUGAGGGAUUAUACAGCGACAGCGGUGGGAAUAUUGCAAUGGAAAGUAUGGGUCCAUUGAGCGGCAGCAGUUACUCAGCCCAGGAGAUCGGAGCAGUGGAGACAACGUCAGACCCCAGCACCGAGCAGCUGCCCUACCCGGCCCUAGCGCCCGCCGUAUUCUUCUGUCUUAAGCAGACAACGCGGCCCCGGAGCUGGUGUCUUAAAGUGGUUUGUAACCCAUGGUUCGAGCAUGUCAGCAUGUUGGUUAUCCUGUUGAAUUGUGUCACAUUGGGAAUGUUUCAGCCAUGUGAAGAUGUGAAAUGUCAGUCUGAAAGGUGUACUAUACUUCAGGCCUUUGAUGACUUUAUUUUUGCAUUCUUUGCUGUGGAAAUGGUCACGAAGAUGGUGGCCCUUGGGAUAUUUGGGCAAAAGUGUUACCUGGGAGAUACGUGGAAUCGUCUGGAUUUCUUCAUUGUAAUGGCAGGGAUGCUGGAAUAUUCACUGGAUGGACACAAUGUGAGUCUCUCAGCAAUACGAACUGUUCGUGUCCUCAGGCCGUUAAGAGCCAUUAACAGAGUUCCUAGUAUGAGGAUACUAGUGACUUUGCUAUUAGAUACUCUGCCUAUGUUAGGCAAUGUUCUUCUCCUUUGUUUUUUUGUCUUCUUUAUAUUUGGGAUCGUCGGAGUGCAGCUCUGGGCUGGACUGCUGAGGAACAGAUGUUUUUACGAAGACAGCUUUGCAAUGUAUUACAAUGUUUCUUUACCUCUGUAUUACCAGAUUGAUGGUGAUGAGACUCCAUUCAUUUGCUCACUGCCACGGGAUAAUGGCAUGCAGAAGUGUCAAGACCUUCCAAAUCUGAAGGAAAAUGGAGCUGAAUGUCUUCUUAGCUUAGAUUCUAACAACCACCCAAAGUAUGGCCUGGAACCGAAGAAUAUUAGUGGCUGCAUAAACUGGAAUCAAUAUUACAAUGUGUGCCGAACCGGAGACGUAAACCCACAUAAGGGUGCCAUUAAUUUUGAUAAUAUAGGAUAUGCCUGGAUUGCCAUUUUUCAGGUGAUUACCCUGGAGGGAUGGGUGGAUAUUAUGUAUUAUGUUAUGGACGCGCAUUCUUUUUACAAUUUUAUAUAUUUUAUACUGCUUAUAAUAGUCGGUUCAUUCUUCAUGAUUAACCUGUGCCUGGUUGUCAUAGCAACGCAAUUUUCCGAAACAAAGCAACGCGAAAAUCAAUUAAUGCAGGAGCAGCGAGCUCGAUUUCUUUCAAACGAUAGCACAAUUGCAAGUUUCUCUGAGCCAGGGAGCUGCUACGAGGAACUCCUUAAGUAUAUUUCCCACCUCUACCGGAAGGUGAAGCGCCGAACUUUGCGGCUUUACAAGAGCUGGCGGAACAAGCGGCGCAAGAAGGUCAGCUCGAGCAGCUCAAGCGGGCAGGAGAGGAAGUGCCAGAGUAAAGGGCGCAUGAGGUCGAUUCAUCAUCUCAUUCACCACCAUCACCACCACCACCACCACCAUUAUCAUAUCAGCAAUGGCAGUUCAAAGGCACAGCGGGGCGGCCCGGAGCUCAGUGACGUGGAGAUGAACGCAGUGCAGGUUGACAGCAGGCUCAUGCUUCCUUCAUCUGCGCUGAGCCAUCAGAGCCCCACUUCAGGGCCUGAGUCCGUCCACAGUAUUUACCACGCUGACUGCCACUUUGAAGGACCACAAGUUGCUUGCAAGUCUUCCACUGCAGCUAACGUUAAGCUAAUGGCUGGCCUUGCACACCGAGGGGGCACCAACUAUCCAACUAUCGUUCCAUCUUUGAUGAGCAGGAACAGCUCCACACCAAAGCCAAAGGACAAGAAAAGCGGUAACACGUCCUUCGCUGUGGGCAAAGUGAAGCCUAAGAUGAACUUGACCGAUUCCUUUGGCAAACUACACCACUUGGUGGGAAACCAUGGAAUCUUUCGAGCUGCAAGCAAGUUGUCAGGGCUCAGCAUGCCGUGUUCCACUGCCAAUACUCAGACUGGAGACUUGACCUGUGAGCUUCAGAACUGCCCAUAUUGUGCCCGUGUCUUGGAAAACCCCGAGCUCGAGCUCAACGAUUCAGAGAGCGGAGACUCUGACGCCGACGGUGUGUACGACUUCACGCACGACGUCCGGCAAGGCGACCAAAGAGAUCAGAUGCGGAAGAACAAGAAGAAACCAAAGGAAAUGAAUAAAUGUGUGCUGCUCUGGACAUUGUUCUCCGAAAAGAUGAAAAGAAUUGUUGAAAGCAAAUAUUUCAACCGUGGGAUUAUGAUUGCCAUUCUGAUAAAUACACUGAGCAUGGGCAUUGAGUAUCAUGAGCAGCCUGAAGAAUUGACCAAUGCCUUGGAGAUCAGUAAUAUAGUCUUCACCAGCAUGUUUGCAAUGGAGAUGGUCCUUAAGCUUCUUGCCUUUGGUCUUUUCGGUUACAUCAAGAACCCAUACAACAUCUUCGAUGGAAUUGUUGUCAUUAUCAGUGUUUGGGAAAUUAUUGGCCAGUCAGAUGGUGGUCUCUCGGUACUGAGAACCUUCAGGCUCCUCCGGGUUUUGAAGCUAGUCCGUUUCCUACCAGCCCUGAGGCGGCAGCUGGUGGUCCUGAUGAAGACCAUGGACAAUGUGGCCACGUUCUGCAUGCUGCUCAUGUUGUUCAUAUUUAUCUUCAGUAUUCUGGGCAUGCACCUGUUUGGAUGUAAAUUCAGCUUGAAGACCGAGAGUGGAGACACGAUUCCAGACAGAAAGAAUUUUGAUUCUUUGUUGUGGGCAAUUGUCACCGUGUUUCAGAUCCUUACUCAAGAGGAUUGGAAUGUGGUACUGUAUAAUGGAAUGGCUUCAACCUCGCCCUGGGCUGCCCUCUACUUUGUGGCUUUAAUGACUUUUGGCAACUAUGUGCUUUUCAACUUGCUGGUUGCUAUUCUCGUGGAAGGGUUCCAAGCAGAGGGAGAUGCCAACAGGUCAGAAUCAGAUGAAGAUAAAACCUCAACGAAUUUUGACGAUGAGGGUGAACGAUAUAAAGAUCCUUCUGAAUUAAAAAUGUAUUCAGUUGUCAUGACAUCAAACGGACACCUGGAUUCGCGAGGCAGCGUACCACCACCGAUUAUUAUGCGGACUGCUGCAACUCCGAUGCCUACACCGAAGAGUUCGCCUUACAUGGACUCAGUUCACACCUAUGCAGAGUCCAGAAGGGGGAGCAGCGCAUCCAUUGAUCCUUCGAAUUAUGACCAGAGAUCUUUGUCCAGCAUUCGCAGUUCGCCCUGUGCCCCCUGGAGCACCAACAGUAACUGGGGCAGUCGCCGAUCAAGCUGGCACAGCCUCGGAAGGGCGCCCAGUCUGAAAAAGAAGAACCAAUCGAGCGAACGGGAAUCGCUCCUUUCAGGUGAAGGGCACGGAAGCUACGAAGAAGAUGAUGAGUCGGAAGACGCAAAGUCCAGCAAGGCCGGCAGUCUGAGUGGCUGGUCCUUGCAACAUCGUGCCGAAUCUCUGGACACCAAAGGGUCCCUAGACCUGCCUGAGCUACUUCAAGUACCAGUCGUGCGGCAUCCUGCCACACUGAGUCCCAUAAACAUAACACCUUGUGACUAUCAAGACUGCAACGGCAAAACCUUACACGUUCCAAAUGAGGUCUUCCUUCGAGUGGAUAACCACAGAGAAGACCCAAAUGAUUAUGAAGAUGAGAUAGAUGAUAGUUACUGUUUGAGAAUCCGUAGAUUCCUGGAGCCUUACAAACCGAUGUGGUGUAAAACACAUGAGGACUGGGCUCUCUACCUAUUCGCUCCCCAAAACCGAUUCCGCAUUAUGUGUCAGAAGGUCAUCGCACACAAAAUGUUUGAUCAUGUGGUACUGGUUUUCAUAUUUCUCAACUGCAUCACCAUUGCCCUUGAAAGACCAGAGAUUGACCCUAGCAGUACGGAGCGGAUGUUUCUGAGCGUCUCAAAUUACAUCUUCACUGCUAUCUUUGUGGUUGAAAUGACCCUUAAGGUGGUAGCCUUAGGAUUCUUUGCUGGUGAAAGUGCCUAUCUCCAGAGUAGCUGGAAUAUCUUGGAUGGCAUCCUGGUCUUUGUCUCUGUAAUUGACAUCAUCGUCUCCCUGGCAUCAGCGGGAGGAGCGAAAAUCCUUGGUAUUCUCCGGGUGCUCCGUCUCUUGAGAACUCUGCGCCCCCUCAGAGUCAUCAGUCGAGCUCCUGGUCUUAAACUGGUAGUGGAAACCUUAAUCACUUCUCUGCGACCUAUUGGGAAUAUUGUCCUCAUUUGCUGUGCUUUCUUCAUCAUCUUUGGAAUCCUGGGGGUCCAGCUGUUCAAAGGCAAGUUCUACCACUGUGUUGGACACGACACCAGAAACAUCACAAACAAGUCUGAUUGUUUCCAGGCUAACUUUAAAUGGGUUCGCCGAAAAUAUAAUUUUGAUAAUCUGGGACAGGCAUUGAUGUCUCUCUUUGUUUUGUCCUCCAAGGAUGGCUGGGUAAAUAUAAUGUACCAUGGUCUCGAUGCUAUAGGAAUAGACAAACAGCCCCAGAGGAACCACAACCCAUGGAUGCUCCUGUACUUCAUCUCCUUCCUGCUGAUCGUUAGCUUCUUCGUGCUGAACAUGUUCGUGGGCGUGGUGGUGGAGAACUUCCACAAGUGCCGGCAGCACCAGGAGGCCGAGGAGGCCCGCCGCAGGGAGGAGAAGCGCCUACGACGGCUGGAGAAAAAGCGCCGCAAAGCUCAACGUAGACCAUAUUACGCUGACUAUUCUCCUGCGCGACUUUACAUCCAUAAAUUAUGUACCAACCACUACCUGGAUCUGUUCAUUACAUUCAUUAUUGGGAUAAAUGUCGUCACCAUGUCUAUGGAACACUAUCACCAACCAAUUUCCCUGGAAGAGGCUCUGAAGUAUUGUAACUACGUUUUCACCAUAGUCUUUGUCUUCGAAUCUGUUCUUAAGCUCAUUGCCUUUGGCUUCAGGAGAUUCUUUAAAGACAGGUGGAAUCAACUGGAUUUGGCUAUUGUGCUUCUCUCUAUAAUGGGGAUAACCCUGGAAGAAAUUGAAAUUAAUGCCUCCCUCCCGAUAAACCCCACGAUCAUUCGCAUUAUGAGAGUACUACGGAUUGCAAGAGUGUUGAAACUGCUCAAGAUGGCGACUGGAAUGAGAGCUUUACUUGACACAGUUGUGCAGGCUUUGCCUCAGGUGGGAAACCUUGGCUUACUGUUCAUGCUUUUGUUUUUUAUCUAUGCGGCUCUUGGAGUUGAGCUCUUCGGAAAGCUGGUGUGUAACGACGAAAACCCCUGUGAGGGCCUCAGUCGGCAUGCAACGUUUGAGAAUUUUGGGAUGGCGUUUCUUACUUUAUUCCGAGUGUCUACUGGUGAUAACUGGAAUGGAAUAAUGAAGGAUACGUUGCGAGAAUGCGGAAGUGACGACAAGCAUUGUCUCACCUACCUCCCCUUCUUCUCGCCCGUCUAUUUUGUCACGUUUGUUCUGAUCGCUCAGUUUGUGUUGGUCAACGUUGUGGUCGCCGUGCUAAUGAAGCACUUGGAGGAGAGCAACAAGGAAGCGAAAGAAGAUGCCGAGCUUGAUGCCGAAAUCGAGCUGGAGAUGUUACGUGCGCAGGGAACUCCAACUAGCAACACUGGGCAGAACCCCAGCCCCGACAAUAGAGGCAUGGGAUCUAGCCAGGAUUCACCAAGACUUGAAUCACCCGUACAUGCAAAGCAAUUAACAGAGGAUCCUCAAAAUAGCAAUUCCGGAGAAGAGAAGCAAAUGGAAAACAUGCUAACUGUUCGGAAGGCCUCCGUGUCUCGAAUGCAUUCUCUGCCAAACGACAGCUACAUGUUUCGGCCUGUUAGAUCAGUGCAAGCUCGAUUUCCGCUGCCUGAAGUCGAUCCCUAUCAACUUACAUCACUCACAGGCUCCGUGACUUCGGUGCAUUCCCAGCCUGUCGAAGUCUCUGCUUGUCUUGGAGUUCCCUCUGAGGAGUCGAUCUGGAAUGAUUCUGUGGGUUGUCUGAGUGACGAUUCGAAGAACGUCAUUCAGUCCACUGAUGGUCUGCACCCAAAUCCUUCAGCUCGUCUCAUUCUGGUCCCGCCGCUCAUACACCCUACCCCAUUGUCUCCAAAGGUCACCCCACAGUCCUCGCCGCUGCUGGUGCAGCAUGGCAAGCAGUCGAGUGUCCACACACGCAGCCAGGUCUACAGCCAGCGAAGCAUCCCCAGCCGCUCACCCAGCCACAGCAGCGGAACCAGCAGCUCGUCCAGCUCCCUCCUCAACCCACCGGACCCAGCCGAUGAGGAGGUGCGGCACAUCAGCGACUCGGCCAGGAACUGGAGGAGGGAGCCCGAAGCCCAGAGCCUGUCGCCGUCACCUUUCCUCUCUCCCAGCCCGCCCAAGGUGGCCUUAAGGAAUUUCAAAAGCACAGCCAGUCUGGCCGAAGUUGUUGGGGAGAAGGACUUAAGGAAGUUCCUUAACACCGAUGCCAGGGAACAACUGAUGAAGCCUUCUUGGGCUGUUGACCCCAGGAGACAUUCCAUUGAAAUAUGCCCCUCAACUGAUCAUGAAGAUGCUGACUCCGAGUUUGAAGGUGAGUCUUCUGGUGAAGAUAGGCCAGAGCCUUCCGUCCAUGUCCAGUCAGAUCCUGGACGUGUUCUUAAUGCCCAAAGGAAGGAGAAGAUGAGUCCACCUUGCAUCUCUGUCGAGCCGCCGGCAGAGAGUGAGAGUGGGCCAGCAUCUGAGUCCCAAGCCAGGGUGCAUCUACGCAGGCGCACACUGUCCAGUGAAUCGGUGGUCCACAGAGACGCUUCAGAGCCGGCAGAUCUCACGCCUGGGGCACAUCCAUCCAAGCCGGACCGUCAUCUCCCCCCUGCUUGUCAAAGGAAGCAUCUCACCAUCCCAGACUUUUCAUUCGACCUUCCCGACGCCGAUUCAUUAAGCAAUUUGUCCAACCCGUUUCCUGACAGUGACCACUCAACCCCUUCGGCAGAUUCCACCGAGCCGAAGAAAGCGGACCACUUAAAAAAGCCAGGUGAAAACUCUGACCCCCAGAGGGUUGAAACUAGUAAAGAUGUUCUCAACAUCACCAACAGCCCCCUUAGGAAGCGGGGACUUACUCGAAUGAAUAGCACACGGGAAGACACAGAUGAUCUCGAGGUAUAGCCGACAUGGGGCAGAAUGACUGAAUUCACGCCAGUUAAUCUGCAUAAGACAGAGACAGUUACUCUGGCUAAUGGUUCCUGUCGUUUGAUCUCUUGUCAUUGCUUCAAGGAGUUUGUAAAGGGAUGCAACAGAAAAGUGGGAUAUGCAAACAUUUUUUCGAAUGGAACUUGAUUAGCUCCCCAUAGCUCAAUCACAUUGAUUUGAGUCGGAAUUGUGUGCUGGCACAUUAUUGUGCAAACCCACAGUAUACAGAAGUGCAGAAAAAAGAUGAGAACUGUACAAUACUGUAAUGUUUGCAAUGUACAUACAGAAUAAUUAUGUAUUAGUGACAGAUAAUUUAAUUAUCUCUUCAUAAUGCACAUAUUUUUAUAUAGAACAGUAAUGUUUUGCACACUUAAAAUUGAAAUCAAAGUUGUGUGGUGUUUUCUGGUGUUUGAGUGGAAUGUAUAUAAUUUAGAUUUUUAUUUUUGUUUCCUUUUCUGCUUGCUCAUACUAGCUCUAUAUUCUAAAUGUUUACGUUUUUUUUUAGCGUAAAGCUCCUUAACCGAGAACCAAAUUACUACUGGAUUGUAGUCAGUGCAAUAAUAGAUUAAUUCAUUGUUCAAUUUUUUUUUUAAACAAUCGUGUUUUCAACCAGUCUAAUUUGCAAUAAAUUAAAGAAACCAUAGAGAAUAACAAGGCAUACUGAUAUUAGGAACAUGUUGAACAAAAGGAAAAUUAAAAUUAAACAGCAAAUUAUUUAUUCAAUUGCAUUUUCUUUGCUGUUCGGUAAGUUAUUGAUGGUAUUUGUAACGUUACAUGCAUUUGCUGGUCAGUGGUGUUCUGUGUAGCCUUUGAACGCAUUCCUCUUUAUGUUACAUAUACCAUGCCAAGGGAGAGCCAUUAUUUCUUUCCUAAAGGCCUGUUUCUGUGUUCGACUUUUAUUUGAGCUUUCCGCUAAUCUGUUUCACAUAAAAGUAUGUUCCAGUUGUUUUUAAAUGUACAAUAAAUCAGCGCUUCUGUCUUUAAAAAAAUCUCUGCAUAUUCACUGCGAAAUUUUAAGUAUCAAGAAUAACACUGGACAUCAAAGAUUUUGCUUCCUGAAUAUUUUUGGGUGUACCUUAUGGAUUUUGGGCUGCUGGUCAUGAAAAUCGCCAUGAAAUUUCCCUAAAUCACACCAUUUUUUUUGAACUCGUCUCUAUUUGUUACUUAAAUUCAUAAAUUCAUAAAUCAGAAUAAUUGAUGCCAAGAUUAAGGACGGCAUUUUUAUUGGUUCACUAAUCAAACAGGUCAUCAAUGCAGGCAAUUUGAAGAACUUCUAGUAGGACCGGAGAAAAUCACAUGGAAGGCAUUGAAGGGUGUUGCUGAAAUUUUCCUUGGCAACUACAAAACGCUAAACUACAUGCAGCUAGUUGCCAACAUGCUUCAAGCAUACAAAGCCAUGAAGUGCAACAUGUCACUAAAGAUUCAUUUUCUACAUUCUCAUUUACAGUUCUUCCCUGAAAAUCUUGGUGCUGUCCGUGACAAGCAUGGUGAAAGGUUUCACCAGGACAUUACGAUCAUCAGGGCAACUGGAAUCCAUCAA